AUGAUAUUAGCAAAAAAAGAAUAUGUAGAAAGUAGCGAUGAUUCCGAUAUGGAAGAUGACGAAGAAGUGAAUUUCAUAGGGUUAACAUAUAAACUUUUGCAUCAAGUAUCUUAUAUCAAAUAUAAAAUUACUUCUGAAGGAAUACGCAAUAACUUGAUACUUGUUAUAUGGGAAAUGUAUGACCAGUUCUCUUAUUGUUUUGAUCCGGUUAAAAGAAAAAAAAGUGCUCAAGAAAGAUAUAAGACAACGGGACUUAACUUCUAUUACUGGUGUGAUGAAUAUCUUGAGACUAGUCAGGAUAUAUGUAAAGUUUGUGAAGAAUAUCAACAAGAUCAUAAGAUUAUUUCCAUUAUACCUUGA